UCUGCCACAGUGGAGAUUGUCCUUUUCUUUGGUUGCAUAGUAGGCUACAGUCUAUGCGUAAAAGGGUACCAUUUUGGUGCCAUCAAUUACUUGAUUGUCUGUAUGGUACCCUCGUCUGCUGACUGAGGAAGAGAGUGAUUAACAGCUAGAACUAUUCACUGCAGGAAACUUUCGAAGAAAGCCAAGUCGAGCAUUUUCGGGUCGUCGGUCCCUCCCUAGUCCACUUACUGGGGGCGGGUAAAACUUCCAGUCAACCCGGAACUACGAAAACAAUCAAUUACACGCAGAACUUGAAAAUAUAUUCCAUUGUAAAUAAUAGUUUUCGAUCGCUGCUUAGUCUACGUUAAGAUCGUUUUCGAUACACCACAUUGUAUGAAUCUGUCUGGACUUAACAACAUACUUCUUCGGGAAAAAAGUUUGAACAGGUAGGUUUGGGAAAACGAGGCUAGCCUACCCGAAAUACCAACGUGAGACAACUAGAGUUCGAGACUUGUCCAACCUACGCUUCCCAUAUCUCGGGAAGGCAUAGAACAUUUCCCCCCCAAAUCUUCUCAGAACAUCCGUUCACUGUCAUUCUGUUAACUGUAGACUUGCUGUUUAUAGUUAUGUUUUGUCGGUCAUUUGUCCGAGGCUUGCCCCGAAGUGCUGUACGGCUUACUUUUCCAUGCGUUUUUCUAUGUAUGACGCAAAUCUUUAGUUAGCCAGAUGGAUUUCAUAAUGUCUGAUGAAACAACAAACGGUCGAUUGUAAAUAUCUGGGGCACGCUGCCUUAUUCCAUAAGUUGCAGACGCAGUAAAGAGAACAUUUAGGCCACUGUCGAGUCCCCCUCCACCAGGUGUAGGCCAAAUCUGGGAUCGAUCCAGAAGACUGGAUGUAGCUGCCUGUGUCCAAAAAGGAAAAUCAUUGUUUGCGCAAGACGCCGAUGCAGCAGGAUUAAGUGUUGUUCCUUCGCAUAUUCUCGAAGAAAUAACAUGGCAGCAACGUUGACAUCAAGUUGCAUAUGACUGCUGCUAUGUAUUCACCUCUACUGCUGAUUUGGUGAAGGAGUGUCUAUCGCGCUGGUGGAUUAGACAGUCAAGCCUCAGUUGAAAGUCAAAGAACAGGAUCAUUGACGACGUCAGGAUGCCGCAGCAAAAGGACAUUGUGAAGAUCGCUAUUCAGAUGCCAGGGGCCUACCCCCAGCUCAUACAGCUGGACCAGAAAAAGCCCCUGAGCGCGGUCAUAAAGGAAGUCUGUGAUAGGUGGAAUCUCCAGGGCCCGGACAACUAUGCCCUACAGUAUGCAGACGGUGUCCAGACGUACAUCACAGAGUCUAAUCGUCUGGACAUCAAGAAUGGCAGCAUUCUACGGUUGACCAAAGCACCUGGUCGCUGUGCUGAGGACCUGUUUAAGGGCAUCCAGAGCUCGGACUCGGGUGUGCGCUGUGACUCUCUAAAGCAGCUGGCCUCCCUCUCCACUGACGUCACCUUCGCCCAGGAGUUCAUCAACCGCAACGGCCACACGCUACUGGUCAAGAUCGUAGAAGACUCCAAUGAGUCUCCUCUUAUACUGACUCACACGUUGAUGGGCUUCAUGGAGCUGAUGGACCACGGCAUUGUCUCUUGGGAGAAUCUCUCCAUCGUCUUCAUAAAGAAGAUUGCCAGCUUUGUGAACGCCAAGACAAUGGACGCCUCCAUCCAGCAGGUGUCGCUGGCGAUCCUGGAGAGCAUGGUGCAGAGCAGCAGCAGCCUGUUCCAGCACGUCAUGCAGGAGGUCACUGUGGAGAGGCUCAUCACGCACCUGCAGGUGACGAACCAGCAGAUCCAGACCAAAGCCAUGGCCCUGCUGAUGGCACUACUACAGACAGCAGGGGAUGAAGAUAGACAGACGCUCUUUGAUUUCCUCUCGAUGAGAAACCUUCGUCAGUAUAUUUACAAGAACAUCAUCCACUGCUCUGGGACGGUGGGGGAUGAGAUGGCCCAUUACCUGUAUGUGCUGCAGUCCCUCUCUCUCAACCAGCUGGAGGCCAGGAUGAGGACGCCCCUCGACUCAUACAGCCAGGAUCAGAGAGACGUUCUGCACAACUUGCGGCAGGCGGCGUUUGAAACCGAGAGCGAGAGCGGUUUGAGUAACGAGAGGCGACGAUCUCUAUGUGCCAAGGAGUUCAAGAAGUUGGGAUUUUCUAAUAACAGUAAUCCAGGACAGGACUUGAACCGCACACCACCAGGUCUCCUGGCUCUGGACACCAUGGCCUACUUUGCCAACCGCUAUCCUGAUGCCUUCAGCAGGUUUGUUCUGGAGAACAGUAGCCGAGAAGACAAGCACGAGUGUCCCUUCGCCCGCAGUAGCAUUCAACUCACUCUAAUCCUCUGUGAGAUCUUGCGCAUCGGAGAACCACCGUCGGAGACGGGCUCGCACUACCACCCCAUCUUCUUCUCGCAGGACCGCAUGCUGGACGAGCUCUUCUGCAUCUGCAUCCAGCUGCUCAACAAGACCUGGAAGGAGAUGAGGGCCACCCAGGAGGACUUUGACAAGGUAAUGCAAGUAGUUCGGGAGCAGAUCACCAGGACUCUGUCGAGUAAGCCCACCUCCCUGGAGCUCUUCAAGAACAAGGUGAACGCCCUCAACUACAGCGAGAUCCUGAAACUGCGCCAGACAGAGAGACUUCACCAGGAGGAGACCCUCGCUCCCCCUGUCCUUGAACUAAAGGAGCGUUUGAAGCCGGAGCUCUUGGAGCUAAUUCGCCAGCAGCGGUUAAAUCGCCUGUGCAACGGCACACUCUUCCGCAAAAUCAGCAGCCGUCGGAGACAGGACAAGCUGUGGUACUGUCGCCUGUCGCCCAAUCACAAGAUGCUUCACUAUGGCGACGUGGAUGAGGAGGCCGAGACUCCCUCCAUUGAGGCCCUUCAGGAGAAGAUUCCUGUGGCCGAUAUCAAAGCUCUACUAACAGGGAAGGACUGCCCUCACAUGAAGGAGAACAAGGGCAAACAAACAAAGGAGGUGCUGGACCUUGCUUUCAGUAUAAUGUAUGAUGUGGAGGAAUACAGCCUCAACUUCAUCGCCUCAUCCAGAACAGAUUUCUGCCUGUGGACGGACGGUCUGAGCGUGCUCCUGGGCCGGGACAUGAGUAGCGAGUGCAUGCGCAGCGAGCUGGAGAUCCUUCUCUCCAUGGAAAUCAAGCUCCGCCUCCUAGACCUGGAGAACGUCCCCAUUCCCGACCGGGCCCCCGCCGUGCCCGCGCCCCCCAGCAACUUCAACUUCUGCUACGACUUCAGCCAGGCCGAGCAGUAAGCCUCAUGCAGAGGUGCGUGCGUGCCUGUGGGUUGCAAAUCAAUAUCCCUCCUACAGUUGUUUCCUGCAGCCUUGUGCCUCGAGGCUUGACGUCCCGAAGGACACGUGACAAGGUGAGAGGAAGAGGCUGGAGGCGGGUGGAGGGAUGCUGUUGGAAGUGGACCUACCUGUGGUACUUAAUACCUCCAUCCUCCCUCGACUCCGUCUUUGUUUCCUCCGUGGGAGGAGGGACGACACCAAGGCCCAAGGCCAAAUGAUAAUGACCAGAGGAAACAACCGAAGGAGAGAUAUUGAAAUGCAAGAAGAAGUCUUGAGAGGAAGGAAGCAGAAUCCCUAGUACUUAAAUAGUGCCUCACAAGCAACAGAGGACAACCAACAGUGACUCUGUUGUGCGUAAGUAGAGAGACAGAUCCUUCAAGACACACUGCUUUGGAGUGAUGCUUUCAGAGAUGAGUUGAUCCGCACACGGAUGUGAACAUGCUUGGCAGGAUGUCACUUACUUCACAUUGCCGUGGUAGCUUGAACAAGAGGCAAUUAUUUUUUGAAAGCUUUAGAUUUGGCCGUUUUUUUCUUGUUUGCUUGUUCAUCUGUUCAAAUCAUUUCCUCUCUAUAUCACACAUGUCCAUGUGGUGUUGAUUACUCAUUGUGCACUGUGCCAAACCUUUUUGUUUUCAUUUCUGAUUUCUGUCUCCCUUUUCUCUUAAUUUGUUUAUGACACUCAAGUGACUCUUAACAGUGAUGCAGCUCUUGGCUGGCCAGUUUUUAACAGGUAUUCUUGUUAAGAGAAAGUGGUACUAAACCUUUCGCAUUUUAACAUGAAAAUCAAAUAAAUAAUAUAUAUAUAUAUAUAUCAUAUGAUUUAUAUCGCGGUUACUUCAGUGACAAUAGUGGUAGUCACAAAUACAGUACACCAGAAUCAGUGCUGAACUGAGUACGUACUAAGCACUUGUGGCCAGUAGCUGCUGAACAGGGAUUGGUAGAUCGUUAGUUACCGGAAUUUCUGGGAUGGAGUUUUGAGUAACUAAUGUGUACCCCCACCUUAUUAUCCACUUUUACGAGGGCGGUGCCAUUAUUACUUGGGUAGCAGUGGCUAGUGCUAAAUCAUUCAGAAGGGCUAUUGACAGUGAGUAAAAAGGUGGAUAGGUUGCAAUAACUCUUCAUACCAUGAUGUACCGUACAGCUCUGGGAAAAUAAAAAUGUCAUCACUUUAAUUUAGGGUUUGCUGUUGGUAGGUGUCUCAAGGACACCCAGGCAUUGAAACGAUGACAUAACAACAAAAAUGAUGGCUGUUGUUGAACUGUUUAAGCUGUGGGAAAUGUGCCAUGGCCUAGACCGCUCACCUUGAGUUUGCUCUCUGCUUCCCUGCUUUCCUCAAAGGUCCUAGAAACUAAAGAUGAAAGAAAUCCCCAGUAUUAGCAUAAUUGAUCAUUAGAGAUACAGCAUAUUUCAUGCAUAUUUAGAUACUAAGAUCCUGUAUUUACAUGACACUUUGGAAAUCAAAGAUUAUCAAUAUGUAAAAAAAAAAUAGGUACAGAAUGUAUUUUGCCUUUUAUGUAACUAUGAAUUAAUGUUCAAGAUAUUUGUAUGGUAUCUAUAUGAGAUGUAUUCUGUACAGCCAUUUAUUUCAGAAACCAGCAUUGGGGUUACAUGGAAAUCUUUGAUUUUAUUUUAUCUUCAUGAGCACGACUUUGGAGAGAACCUUGCGCUGUACACAGGCAUACUUUUGGUGCCUCUUACCACGGCUAGAAAAAAACUUCUAAUAUUAUUCUUCUUGGA